AUGGACGGUUUAUUGGAGCCCAUCAAAACCACCCGCAAGGUUCAGAAUAACAUUGAUAAGUUCGAGACCUUGACCUUGAAAGAUUCUGUGCCGGCAUCGCGCCGCCCAGCCAGUACCAAAUCUAAGAUAUCUGUGCUCGACACCACAACAGAUGCCAGUGAUGACGCAAGCGACGCAUUCAGUCUUCGACCUUCAGUUGACACGUCUAUAAGUCAGACCUCUGCAGAGGCGCAACAGACGAACCAUAAGCGCCACGACUCGACGGCGUUUCUGCAGAAGAGUUAUCUGGACAAAGCACCACCUGCCUCGCUCCCCGAUGAUGCGCUUGAGAUUUUGAAAGACCAACCCAACAACGAGGAUCUAGCAGCCGUUUUAGAGUAUCUUCACUACGGUAUUGAAGGUAGACAUGACUUCAACAUUCACGUGCCGGAGCCCAAGGCCUCCCAAAUCAUCAACGUCCUUGUUACUGUUACCGUUCCCGAUCAGUGGCUUCAUCUGCGAAAACCCAGACUUUCGAGAUCGGACACGCAGCUCAAGACAGCCCUACUAUCCUCACUUUCUAGUGUAGCCGGGAUCGGUGCACUUUUGAUGCAGAUUAGGCGCCUUUCAUCCAUCAAUCCCGGCCAAGAUAGUUCGCUGUUGGCAGAUACGGUCCAUGUCCUAUCGUCAGUCCUUGCUGGCAACACGAUCAUUUCCAAAUUCUUAUCCCAUGCUAUCAAGACAAUUCCCACGGACACACAGCGCCGUGUCUUCUGGCAGGAAGCGACUUCUCAACUUGCUGGCAGCAAGAUCCUCACAACCAUGUCGCAAGUCUUCGCGACAUUUCGGGACUUGAAAGGAUUAGGAGAGCACGAGGAAUGGCUUGGGGACGGAAAUGAGUACUCGAGAUGGCUUGGACGCAAUAUUUCGACCGCCGCGGCAAGCUUCAACACAAUGCCGCCCUCCAAUUCUCCGCAGAUAAGCCUUCUUUGCCAGAUGUUGAAGCGAGGGCUUAGUCUUGGGUAUCGGGAUACCUUGAUCAGCGAGCUCUACAACUCACUUCUUCUCGGGAAGCGAGCGUUGUGGACGCCAAUGCAUAUUUUAAUUCAGGGCUUGCCGGCGUACGAUCAAAAAGUCCUCUUUGACACCAUCCUACGAGAUCUUGCACGGAGAUUCUUCGAAAACGGAGCAGAUAUCGUGGGACCAAAGGAGCUACUGGAAACGAAUAGCUCCACGAUCGGGGGAGUGGCAGCCAUGAUUAACGGGCUCGUCCGAAACAAUCCCUUGCUAGAAGCACAUGUGACGAAUUGGUUGACGAGCACUAAUGGGGAAUACGCUGGUCUCGGUCUUAAUACUCGUAGAGCUGUCAUUGCAACCCUGGCAGCGAGUCAAGACAAGCUCGAGCAGAUCCUCGAGAGAAGUCUGGAGAACUUUGGGAACAAACUACAAAUCCAGCGCGAUGCUAUUCUCCAGCAGGAGUCAGAACCUGUGCUUACCCAUGGUUGGGCUCUUCUAGCGACCGCUCAAACCAUCCUGCUUGCUUUCGGCUAUCUCAAUCGUUUGGAUCACAGCUCGGUCAAAAAGUUUUCGGGUUCCAGUGCUUUCGUGCGGGCGGUCUCAAAUCGGCUUUCUGCAUCGGUUCCUCGCGCCAGGCUUUUGGGGAUGAUGGUUGCGGUUGCAGUCUCAAAGCUAGUCGAUCAGCCGGACAAGAUCCUGAACUUUGGCAUUGAAGAGAUGGAAGGGGAGCAGAUGCAGCGGUUCGUGGGUCUAGUCGACAUACAAGACACAAUUGGAAGUUUGGAACAACUGGUGAAGAACGCAAUCGAGCCCUCGAAGAAGCGCCCUUUGCACACGACUCCUAAAGCCGUACGCCGCAAACGACUGUCAACAGAGCCACGACCUCAGGGAUCUAAGAUCGUGGCCAUUGAAGAAGUUUCCGAUUCCGACGGAGCACCCUCGGCCGGGGAAGAGGAAGAGGAGGAGGAUCUACAACCCUAUCCUCUACCAGACAGCGACCCAUCCGACUCAGACGAUGACCCUACGCUGGUCAACCGGAACAAACCAGCCCCUCCAGUCUACAUCACGUCUCUCAUAAAGCAGCUCAAUGCAAAGAACGACCCCUCGGCAGUCGAGCUGGCAAUCAAGACUGCUCCAUCUUUGAUACGUCGAAAGGCAAACUUUGGCGACGAAUUGUCAUCCAACAUCCUCCAGCUGGCUUCAUCUCUAGUGAAUGUGCAAGAAGGCAUGGACUCGGACGAUGUGCAACGAUCAAGAUUGGAGGGCAUAAUCGCAUGCCUGGUUUCGAUACCUAGGUUGAUGGGGCCCUGGAUCGUAAGCAUGUAUUUCGAAGGGGAUUUCUCCCUGUCAACACGUGCGACCCUGUUGACUGCGGUGUCGUUGGGGUCGAGAGAACUGGCAGGGAUCAACAUUGAUGUCGACCGACCAUCUGCGACCGAGCGCCCAAGCGAACCACCGUUUCCUUCGAAUCGACUACCACCGCGUCUUGAGCCAGUGUAUUCCUCACCAGCAGCCGUCGACACCAUUACAACAGCAUUGUCCUAUCGCACUCUCCAGCCAUUGGCGCUAGAAGCUGCCGACAAGCUCACAGGGCCGGACAUCCUCAAGGUCCGCACUUUCUCUUCCCGGAUGAAAGUCGCCGCCAAAACCGCCGCGAAGCUCGAAGCGCGCUCAAAACGAAUCCCGAAAGACCUGCACAAGCUUCUCGCAGAAGCACUAUACCUACCGUUUUGUUCGCGACUGACGCUUCUCCUCGCCUCGCUCGUCACAUCACCUUACCUGGUCAAUUCCACCCUCCUACAUCCCUCUUUGAUUAAACUGAGCCUGCAAACGCUCAUCAUCCUCAUUUCCACCAUUGGUCCUAACGCUGUACAACUCCCCACACUGACCCACGAGUCCCUUCUGUUGUUGACAACGCUCCAUACUCUUCCUUCCCUUGCACACGAUGCGAUCAUCCUCCCUCCCAUUCUCCACUUGAUCCUGACACUAUUGGACUUGAACAUUGAAGCCGGGAGCACAUCCGAAGAACGCCUGGUCACAGACUUUGGCCCCAUGUUUGCAGAACUGGUGUCGUGGACGAGCAGUCUCGGAGAUCGCGUUUCCAUUCCCGAAGUCGAUGGUGAUCCGGGGUUGGGAAUGGCCAUGCCAUGGCCUGUCCUUGUUGCGGGAAUCCAGGUCAAGUGGCAGGAAGUGGGACGGAAAUUCCAGGGAAGGAUGUAUGCCCUACGCCGUUGCGCCUCGCGCUUUCUCACUUCUCAACCUUCCAUCGUUGUCUCCUCUUCACGAACAUACACUUCUAUCAGCGCUCCUACAUCGCGGUUAAUCGGGAGGGCCGCCGCAUCAUUUCCUUUACAACGGCGAUGGGCUACAGGUGGAACCCAGGAAAAAGAGAGCAAGCCUCCCAUAUCUGGAAUUGAGCCCACGAAAUCAGAAGAAGCCGAGAAUGCAGCUCAAACCCAGGCUUCCAGCACAAAGUCGGCUCCCCAAGCUGCAGAGCCUGCGAAUAUCACCGAAGCCACAGAAGAGUCCUUUCCGGCUGCAGUGAUCAAUGAAAAUCUUCUUGCUGAAACUGGGCCUGCGCCGACCGGGUCUGAGCCAGCCAUUGCGGAAUCCGCCAAUGCGACUGAAGCAACCGACGAAGCAUUGCCUGCAGCUGAGACGGGCGAAAAGCUAACAGCUGAUUCUAAAUCUACACCCUCGCAGUCGGCAACCCUGAGCCAUGCUGGCAUGUUUGACCGCAAGCCCACACUUUACAUCGGCAAUUUGUUCUUCGAUGUCACCGAGACCGACCUAGUCAAAGAAUUCGCCCGCUUCGGAACGGUGACCAAGUGCAAGAUUGUUCGGGACAGCCGUGGCUUAAGUAAAGGAUUCGGUUAUGUCGAUUUCUCAACGCAGGAGGCUGCCGACGCGGCCAUGGAGCGUCUCAACAUGUCGCUCUUCGAAGGUCGCCGCAUCACAGUUCAGUACGCGGCGCGCCCGAGCGGCGUCCUUGACAACCAGAACGUCGAGCGCAAGCCCCUCAACCCUCCUUCCAAGACCCUUUUCAUCGGCAACAUGUCCUUCGAGAUGACGGAUCGCGAUCUCACGAACCUGUUCCGUGGCAUUAGAAAUGUCAUCGACGUCCGUGUCGCCAUUGAUCGACGCACCGGGCAACCGAGAGGGUUCGCCCAUGCCGACUUCAUUGACGUCAAGAGUGCCAUGGAAGCAAUGAAGCUGCUGCAAGAGAAGGAGAUUUACGGUCGGAGGCUGAGAGUCGAUUUCUCAUACUCCUCGGCGAAUAGAGCUCCCAGGAACGACCCGCCCGUUGAAAAUAACUAG